GCUCCUACAGUAAAUAUUUGUGUUUGCUCAACCGGCUGUAAUGGUGGACGACUGAAAGAGAAAAGCGGUGAGACUAAAUCUCAAAAAAGAAAGAGAUAGAAAAAAAACACAGUCCCGGGUAAAGCACUAUUGUUCGUUGCUCGGAAAUAAACCCCAGCCACUAUGGAUGAACUCAAACAUCAAGUUAUGAUAAACCAGUUCGUCCUGACAGCUGGAUGUGCCGCAGACCAGGCGAAACAGCUUUUGCAAGCGGCACAUUGGCAGUUUGAGACAGCCCUUAGUGCCUUCUUUCAAGAGACAAAUAUCCCGUACGGUCACCAUCAUCAAAUGAUGUGUACCCCCGCCAACACGCCUGCAACGCCACCAAACUUCCCUGACGCCCUCACCAUGUUCUCGCGACUCAAAGCCUCGGAAAGCUUCAACAGCAGCAGCAGUCCCAGCAUGGCCACCUCACCUCCUCCACCUCCAGUCAGCUGGGGCAUGACCCCACCCAUCCCCAACCAACAGGGCUUAUGGACUCAGGGGCCUUCCCCCCAACAAUCCCACCCGCCCCCAGGCUGGCCCUCAGCUGUCAACCAGCAAGCGACAACCGAACAGAAAGCCAGCGUCGCUAUGGAGGCCGAGAGAUGAGGGCCUGGACUACACCGAGCGAGGGUUGGGGAGGGUCAGGGGCACUCGUUUUUCUCUCACUCACCAAACAUGGAGGGGGAAAGCGUUCAACCAAGAAUAACCAAGCAACAUGGACAUUUACAGAAGAGGAGUGAAAGCCAACACAAAGGUAAUGAGAGAAAUAAAGAAACAAGCGCACAUUGUAUUACUAAGCAACAGAAAUUUACAGAGCUUUUUUCUAUAAUAAAAGAGUAGUUUAACGUAUAUGGGACUACGAUCAUUGCGCCUACGGAUUAUUUCUGGUAUUUUCUCAAAGAUGGAUGUCUAGCAUCUAAGGCAGCAACUUUUCUCACGUUUUACUUUUUAUUCUUUUAUCUGGUGUUCUUUAUGCAAGACGCGAGUUGACGUUGCAUGUGGAUUAGCGACCUCUUUUUAGUAUUCAAUGCAAGCAUUCAUGUGUACAGUGUGUGAAACUUACACACUCAAACAUUGUGUAUCGGACUUACAUUUCCUCUACCCGUUGGAUAAUGGGACUCUUUCGUACCUCACUGGUCUCCUGACUCUAUUCAACCAAUCAGGGAAUCUCACUAGAUGAACACACUUUUUUCACACAAACCGGAUUUUCCAUGAUGCCGUGCUUUGUCCAUUACACAGUAACUCAAUGAUAUCCUCAAAGAUUGUAAACGUUGGUUGGAAAUCUGAUUCUGAAAUAUCUGGAUUUUUUAUAAUCUUUGUUCCUAGUUUUAUUUAAAUCAGUUUUUGGGGGAGCUGGUUUAGGGACGUUUAUCUGAGUUUUGUUUCUCAGUUGAAGAGAGUAAAUCCAUGCCGCUAAAGAUGCAUUAAACCAUACUACUGUACAACAUGUUGGCCACUUUGCAUGACGUAUUCAUAUGUGUAUAAUAUUUUGUAGUUUCUUGCUUUUGGGGGAAAUUCUACAUGAACGCUUUUUCGGGAAUUCGGUUUCAUUUCAAAGUUUGGAAAAAGAUUGAGAUCUCCAACACAAGUUCUAAUUCUGGCCCCAUCUGCUUUUUAUAUGUGACAUUGAUUUAAAAAAUGGGGGGGUAAUUACUUAUAGGAUGAAAAUUAUUAUUUUCAAAAAGCAACGGUGUUGGUUAUCGCUUAUUUUCUUUUUCAUUUUCUGAUCAAGCUUUUCUUUUGGGGUCUCUUGUUCCCAAAUGGUUUUCCAUGUAUGUUUUCUCCUGUUUGACUGUGUUGAUAUCAUUCCCACAAUAUUUGUGGACUACCUGAUAAUUAACUUAUCAUUGUUUGUGUUCUUAAAUAAAUAUUCCAUGUCCUA